GUUUGAGAAAGAGGCACUCACAAGUUGUUCUCUCUUGGCUUUUUCAUAAUUUCUACUACUUUUCUUAGCAAACUUCAAAUUUCCCUUGUGCUUAUAUUCAAGAGAUCAAUUAAGUACCAACAAAAAAAAUUCAAGCCAUCUUGGAGGAGGAUUAAGUUUUAAUUAAGCUCUAAGUUUUGUGUUGUUUCUAGCUGUACUUAGUGAUGGAUCCCUCUAGUGCACAUCAUCAGCAUCAUCAGGAAUUGUCUUCUCAAACCCUAGAAAGUAUGUUGGUGAGUACAAAGCCACAACAACAAGAUCCAAAGAAGCCAAAGCCACCAGAGCAAGCAAUAAAUUGUCCAAGAUGUGACUCUUCCAACACCAAGUUUUGCUACUACAACAACUAUAGUCUCUCUCAACCAAGAUACUUUUGCAAAUCAUGUAGAAGAUAUUGGACCAAAGGAGGAACAUUAAGAAAUGUUCCAGUAGGAGGAGGCUGUAGGAAGAAUAAAAGGUCAUCAUCAUCAAGAAGUAGUAGUAUUAGUAGCCAAGAUCAACAUUCCAUUAUCAACACUCCUAAUAAUCCAUUUCCCUAUGAUUCUACUGAUUUGAGCUUAGCAUUUGCUAGGCUCCAAAAACAAGGAAAUGGGCAAUUGGGGUUUGAGAACCAUGGUAAUAUUUCAAUGAUGUGCAAUGAAAAUCCAAGUGGAAUAUUUCUUGAUGCACUUAGGGGUAAUACUGGAUUUCUUGAGAAUAAUAAUCCAAUGAAUGGAUUAAUUCAUCAACAAAAUUUGUACUAUGGUGUUGGGAAUAUUAUUAAUGGGGAUAUUGGAUUACAUAAUGUGGAAAAUGGUGGAUUAGGGGUGAAUAACAAUGAUCAAGAAAUGGGAUUAAUGCAUAAUUAUGAUCAAGAAAUAAGCAGUGGUGUAACAACAUCUACAACAAUGACCACAGUUAAACAAGAGAUGUGCCACAUGGCUAAAGAUCAAGGUGAUCACAACAGAGUUUUGUGGGGAUUUCCAUGGCAAAUUAAUGGAGAAGGAAUUAAUAUGGCUGAUUUUGAUUCAACUAGAAGAAUGUGGAAUGGAGUUGGUGGAUCUUCUUGGCAUGGACUUCUCAAUAGCCCUCUCAUGUAGAUGUUAGUAUACUGGCUCUGAUUAAUUUAAAUUCAUGUCAAACAGGAUCCAGUGAUUAAUAUGAAUCACACAGAGUAAGAUCCAUUUAAAAAACGUUUUCUAUUAGGAAUUUCUCUAUUUUCUGGAUCGGAGUUUGCUAAGCGAAAAAAAAGAAGAAUUUUGUUCUUAGAUUAGAGUUGGAAGGUUAACUUAAUCAUCAUGAGUUGUGUAAAAGAGAUUUGGUUCACUUGAAUCAUCUCUCUCUCUCUCAUUUUUUUUUUUUUUUUUGAGAUGUCUUUUUUAGGUGUCUUCUUUGUGGAUUGACAAACUAAUUAAUGAAAGUUGAUUUAUUUUUCUUCAA